UAGCACGUUUCCCUUAGUAGUUUUUAUUUUUUUUGUUGUGUUUUUUUUUGUAACUCGCUAUUGACCUAUGAUCAGAGGCAUUUCAUCCACAACCAUUCAUCCUGUUUUUUCUUCUCGGUGCUGUAUACUUGGACUAUAUUUACUAACAUAUCUUUCUUUUCUAAAAAGAUAGAGCACGAUUUAAGAAAUACUGUUUCUGCUGGCCAUUGCCGAGAGGAUUAUUUCCGAUUAAGAAGACCCGAUUAUCAACAAGAAGAUCGCCUUCAACAUGACGAAAAUAACAAUGCUGAUAAUGUUAGGUCUUGCCGUACUGCUUCUUACUGUGGGGGUGAGAACCGAACCCGAAAAAGUACAACACGCUGCACAUGAUCAUUAUUUUAAUGAACACUUCAAAAAUGGGGCUCACAAUCCACAUUUCGACCAUUUAGCCAUCCUCGGGUCUAAAAAGGCUGAAGAAGAAUUUAAUGAACUGCCUCCGGAUGAAGCCAAGGAAAGACUUACACGUUUAAUUCCAAUGAUGGAUCUAAAUAAAGAUGGCAAACUUGUUGUUCCUGAACUACAAUCUUGGGUCUAUAACUCUUUCAAAAAUCUUGACAAGGAUGAGAUUAAUGAAGAAUUUAGUAGCAUGGAUACUAAUGGAGAUAAGAAGAUCACUUGGGAAGAAUAUGUGCAGAAAUUUUAUUCAUAUACACCAGAAUUUCUGAAAGAAAUGAAAGCAAAAGGCGGCCAAGAAAAUGAAGAAAUAUUAAAGAUUAUUGAAGAUGAUGAAGAGAAAUUCAAAGUGGCCGAUCGAAAUAAGGAUGGAAAUUUGGAUGAAAGUGAAUUCCCAGCUAUUCUUCAUCCCUAUGACUAUGAAUUCAUGUAUGAUCAUGAAAUAAAACGAGCCCUUCGGGAACAUGACAAGAACGGCGAUAACAAAAUAGAUUUAGCUGAAUAUGGCAUGGACAACGAAAUGACUCAAUCAGAUGAAGCUGAAAAGAUUGCUGAGAAAAUGAAGUUUGGAGAAUUUGAUACAAAUAAAGACGGUUUCUUAGAUACAGAAGAAAUGAAACCUUGGAUCAUCCCCUCUACAAUGGAAAAUUCCAAGGAAGAAGCUGAACAUAUUAUGAGUGAAGCUGAUACAAAUAAGGACAAUAUUCUUAGCCAAGAAGAAAUUUUAGAAAACUUUGAGACAUUUGUGGGCAGUCAGGCUACUGAUUAUGGAAAACAUCUUCAUCUUGUUCACGAAGAAUUAUAAAACAUGUUGAUCAAACAAUUAACUAUAUAUCUAAAAAAAAAAACAGAGUGUAUGUGUGUGUAUGUUUCAUUGUAUGAGCUGCAUUCAUUUGCACAAAUGCAUGUAUGAUUAGUGUGCAUAAUAUAGUGCUGUUCUCCAUGAUACUAGGAACUGGCACCUAUCAAGAACAGGCUACAUUUUUGGCAGCCUCAGUUUCACAUGUGAUACUUAAUGCAUGUAUGUAUGAAUGUGAGUAAUGUUUUCUAUUUCAUGAAUUUUCUUUUUUUGAUUUGGGGGUAAGGAAUGGUUAUUAAAAUCUGAGAAAAUGAUUUACCACAGAAUUGAAAAUUUAGGGUUUCCCUAAUAUUUAGCUUCAUCUCUUGUUUUGUUGCUUUUUGUCUUUUUUACUUUCUGUAUUUUUUUUUCUCUCAUUUCAUAGUUUGGUUUGGUUUAUUUUUUUUCUUUUACCAACUUCCAACUUGAAGAAAAAGCAGUUUUUCUUAAAAAUUCUUUGACUGUCAAAAUAUUAUAGAUGUUUGCUUCAGCAGUUCUAUAAAUUUGCAGUUAGUCUAAUUCAGUUUAAAAAUAGCAAAAGAAAGAAAAACUAUUAAAUUUUGUUGUGGGGUUAAGAAUCACAGAAAUUUACAACAAAAGUUUAGAGAAAAUUAUAUUUGUUAUAUUCUUUGUUGUAUUACAGUUCAUAGAAUGUAUUGAAGCAUGGAGAUUUUUUUUUUAUUUAUGUUAUCAUAAAAUUAAUGUUUAGUUCUGUUAAUUUCACUUCUCUAAGAAUUUUCCUGUUAUUCAUAAUUACUGUCUCAUUUUUACCCUUCAUCAAGCAUUGCUGCAAGGACGUAACUGUUUGUAUCUCAACUGAUGAUUUAUAAAAAAAAAGAAAGAAAAAAUAGAUCUGUUAACCACUGAGAAAUGGUUAACUCUGUCAACGUCAUCCAGCUAUCUGAAGAGUGAUGUAUCAAACAAUUUUUUACAAAUGACCUCAGUUUGCGAAAUAAUUCAACUUAUGCUAGCAUGAAUCAGUAAAGUUAUAUUGGUUCAAGUGAGAAUAUUGUAGCCACAUUGCUUGAAGGCUCUUCAGUUCUCAGUGCUGGAAGAGAUGUUAACAUUUAAUGAGCAAGGAUAACAUUGACUGAGGGCUAGAGAAAAUACUCUCAUAUACACUCAUAUUCUCUCUCUCUCUCUCUCUCUCUCUCUCUCUCUCUCUCAGUUGUAAAAUUUGGUGUAUGUGUGUGUGUUUUUUUUCAGGAUUGUAUUGUCAGUUUCUAGUCAGUCUUCCCUAAUUUUUAUUUAUAAUGCUGAAGACUUUAAAGAAAUAUUUUCAUAUUGUUAUUAACCAAGAUUGGUGGGCUUCUUAAAGAAGGAUUUUCCUUCCCUAGUGUCAACUCCAAAUUAGAACCAGAUUAUUUCAAUUCGUAUUGAAAUGAUGUAAAGUUCAUGGUUGAAGGAAAACAUAAACUUGUCCCCUAAAAAAAUAUAUAUCUCAGGUUUAUUUCAUAUGUAAGAAAACCUUUAUAAUUAGAAUAAUUAGUGGAUCUGAUAUAGUGAACAGUUGAUUCUCUUUGAGGCUUUAUAGCAACCAAAAGACAGUUCUUCAGUUUGCAAUUCAAAUCACAAUGGAGAUUUUUGUUCCACCCUUCCAAGAUCAUUGAGUACCAGUAAAAGAAUAACCUGUUAUAAACAUAUUCCAUUCAAACCUAAGUAGUCACACCUGUGUAAGAUGUGUAAAUUAUUCUUUAGUUAAAUGCUAUUGAAAGUAAAUCAACUAUUUUCUAUGCUCUUAAGAAAUACAUAAACAUCACAGCUACUCCAUUGUUCUUUCUCAAUAAUUCAAUCACUUACAUAAGAUACACUUUAAAUUUAGUUCCAUUGUGUAGCACUUGAGUAAGUGUUCUCUGCUAUAGCCCCAGAUCAACCAAUGCCUUGAGUAAAUUUGGUGGAUAGAAACUGUACUGAGCCUGUUGCAUAUGAGUGUGUGUUUAUAUCUGCACUUCUCUGAAAAUCAUUGAUAUGCAAGUGAUGACAUUAUUUUCUCCUGUCAACAGAUCAUCUGCUAACUCUGCAUUUUCCUUUGGAAAACAGUUACGGGUUAGGAGCAGGAAGAUAUCCAGCUGUAAAACAGUUCUUAAAUAAUAUAUUUGUCUAACCCGUAUGUGCAUGGUCAUGUCAGUAAUUAUUAAUAUCAUUGAAGUGUGUUGGAAAAUGAGUUUGUGCCAUUCUGUAGUGGUUUGUGCCAUUCUAUGGUGUGUAUAAAACACACACCAUAGUUGAUGGAAAGGUGAACAUUUAUGGCUUUAUAGUAUCCAAGUGCUCUUAAUUGGAAUGAUGAAUUUUCAGUAUAAACUUAAGAGGACUUGUUAUGCUCAUGUCAUUUGAGAAACCAUCAUCUUGUAUCAACUGCUUCAUGUUGAAUGAAAGUAACAAUGACGUGUAACAGUUAAAUGUGUGAAAAAUCAAUAAUCAACUGCUAGCAUUUUGUUCUUAGGCAAGACUCAUAACCUUUCUUGUCUCAGUCUUCAUUUCUAUUUUAUGGAAUCGUCAUUAAUUUCCUAACUAAAAAAAAAAUGAAAAAUGGAAAUAUCACAUUAGACUCAUAUUAAGUAAAAACUGGAAUAACAGCAUAUUGCCAAAUAAAUGUGAAUUGGAUGGCAGCUAUUUUUAUUUUGGAAAAGUAUAUGAAAAAUAUGACAUAAUGGUGUUAUUGUUCACUGUCUAUUGAUCAAGGUGUCACUCAGUACUGUAAGGUAGCCGGAUAACUACAAGAAUGUCAGAUUUACAGAACUAAUUGUUCUUGAUUUGAAAUAUUGAUAAAAAUAUGGAAAGGAAAUUCAUUACAGAUUUUAAAGUUUAACAAAAACGACUUGUGAAUAACACUAGUUUGCAAAACACAGGUCUUGUGGUUAGGGUGAUAAUUUCUCAACGCAGUGUUCUCAUGUUGCCUCUGUCUUUGGCUCAAAAAGUAUAAUUCUAUUUGGAAGGAAGAUGUAAUUUUCCAAGACAAUUCAUUAAAGACAUCUCAGUUACCUUGAGUACUCCAUGUUUGUAUGGCCGUGUGUGUGUAUAUAUAUAUGUUCAUGUGUGAAGGAGGUUUAACAGUUGUUUUAUUUAAGCAUUGAAUAUAUUGCUCCAAGGUGAUCAAUUUUGUUCAGACUAAAAUGUUGUGAAACUGAUCUUCCUUAAUACUUAUUUUGACAAAUACACUCAGUUGUAGUAACCUUUUUGAACAAACCAAUAAAACAGUUAAAAUUA